AUGUCGGGCGGUGUUAAGAGAGACCGCGACGGCAAUGCUCGUGUGAAGAAUGCGGGGCCUCCGAAGCAGGCUGGGCCAAGGGGCAGGUUCCAUGAUAUGUUUGAAGGGUUUCGUGAUGAGCUUGAUGAACAUCAUGAUCGACGAGAGAGAAUUGUGAAGGCAUCGCGAGAUGUCACUGCCCAGAGCAAGAAGAUAGUCAAGCAUCUCAACAAGGACUUCCCUCCUCACAUCCAACAAGACAUAGAUACACGCCUAGAGGAAAUCUCCAAACUCCUCAAUGGAAUCGCUCCAGAUGUCCAAAAUGUCAAUCGCUAUCGCUACACCUUUUCCCUCCGUUGUCUCGAAGAAUUCGUCGAGGCUCUGUCUUUCGCACACUACCUCCGCCACCAGACCCUCAUCACACCCACACAAGCACAAGCUGCUAUGCCCAGCGACAUGGCUCUCACCCCAAACGACUACAUGUUUGGGAUCUUCGAUCUAUUUGGUGAGAUGAUGCGCUUUGCGACUGUCACGACGGCUCAAAAUGGUGAAUUGGCCGGUAAUGGAGGACGAAAUAUCAUGAGUGAUAUUCAAGAGCUUGGGUGUGAGUUUGAGAUCCUGCCUGAUGUGCCGACGAAGGAUUGGAGAGGAAAGAUGGCUGUGAUGAGGCAGAGUGUCAAAAAGGUUGAAAGGCUUGGGUAUGGACUUGUGGUGAGAGGAAGUGAGAGGCCAAAGGGCUGGGUGCCGGAUAUGAAGGAUGAUGCUCCUGAGCCUGCGUCGCCAUGA